AGAACGAAUUUGGGCCACCCGAGUAUGAUCAAGGAGAACCUGCCAAGAACUAUGUAGCAUGGGCUGCAGGAAUGGCGGUCGGUCUCGACACAGGAGUCCCAUGGAUCAUGUGCAAACAAGAUGAUGCUCCCGAUCCUGUUAUUAACACCUGCAAUGGUUUUUAUUGUGAUUACUUCUACCCAAACCAACCUUAUAAACCUACCAUGUGGACAGAAGUUUGGACAUCCUGGUUCACUGGAUUUGGAGUUCCUGUGCCACAUCGGCCUGUUGAAGACUUGGCCUUUUCUGUUGCGAAAUUUAUACAGAAAGGUGGAUCUUUUGUCAACUACUAUAUGUACCAUGGAGGAACGAAUUUUGGCCGCACAGCUGGUGGUCCUUUCAUUGCAACUAGUUAUGACUAUGAUGCUCCAAUUGAUGAAUUUGGUCUAUUGAGGCAACCAAAAUGGGGCCACUUGCGAGAUCUACAUAGAGCUAUCAAAUUGUGUGAGAUGGCUUUGGUUUCUAGUGAUCCUGUUGUGACUUAUUUGGGAAAUUCUCAAGAAUCACAUGUUUUCAGGUCAAAUUCUGGAGACUGUGCUGCAUUUCUUGCCAACUAUGAUGUGAAAUCUUAUGCUAGAGUUACUUUUAAUGGAAUGCAUUAUGACCUUCCUCCUUGGUCUAUUAGUAUCCUUCCAGACUGUAAAACCAUAGUUUUCAAUAGUGCACGGGCUGACCGUACUACUGACUGCACUGUUAUGGUUGCUGAGAAGACUCCGAUUGAAUCUCUAUGGGUUGCUUUCUCUUAUCCACCGCUUCCACCAUCCCAGACUUCUUCUCGUGUGCCUUAG